UCAUCUACUGACCUACUUCCAGAGGAAAUCAACUAACCGUAUGGGUUUCCAUGUUUUUGGAGAGGAGGGGAAAAAAAUUUGCAGAGACAUAUAGAAGAUGAUGAUGACGUGGAUUUUUGGGAAAAGUAUGAAGCCAAUCAGCAAUAACUUUACACGAGAAAGUGCACGGUGGGACCACCCUCCUAAUUUGCCUAUAGCAAAUUUACGCCGGCCUCUCUCUCUCUCUCUCUCUCUCGUCUCUCGACUCUCUCUCUCGCUUUCGAGCUGCAAGCGGCAAGACCGUCGUGCCUCUCUCACUCAUCUCCCGUCGUGUUCGGUGGCUUAACUUCAGCAGAUUUUCUCUUUUCAGAUAUUCCUUGGAUAUGUGUAUUUUGACAUGUAAGGGAAAAGGUGUUAGCUAGGGUUGUUUGUCCUUCACUUUAGAUGGAUGCACCGGCACCAAAAGUGCCACCUAACCGUAUAGGUACACCUACACCUUCUUCAUCAGCUACUGCUUCUUGUUAUCCAUCUUCUCGGUCUCCUAUUGAUAGUACAAUGAGUCCCAUAGAUGCUGAAGAAACCUUUAAUGAUGAUGGCAGUGAAUCUGAUGAGUUGAAUACGGAUACCCAAGAGACUAGAUGUGUUGCUUCUAUGUCAAGUGGUGGUCGUGGUGGACGACGACCAACCCCUAAGAAAAAAAAGAAAGAGCGAAAAGAUUUGCAGCACGGGACCAUUUUACUAAAGAUAUAAAUAGUCCCGUAGUCCUCUGAUUUUUUAUUUAAGUGUCCUGAUGUUAGCAGUAGGAAAGCCAAAUCAUGACCCCCUCUCCCUUUCCACUUCCCGGUGGUGGUGCAUGUAGGCGCGUCACUCCCCUUAUCUGUCUUUUUCCUCUGAUCUGCUGCAAUUAUUCUAUGGGGUUGUCAAGAAACUGGUCCGUGGACUCGAAAAACUUCGAAACGCUAGUUAAGGAUGACUCUACCAAGCUGAUUAUACAUGAGAGAUGCAGGGGACAGCGCCGUUCCAUUCGCCUGAACAGCCAAGAGUCUAAUUAUUCAUCUGCAUCCACCAAUGGAAAACAGGUAAUUGAGAGAGAUAUCAAACAUAGCCGAUGAACAAGAGCACAGACUCGUGGGAAAUCCAUCACAUCCCAGACAAGCCUCCAACACCGCCUGACCAACAACCCACCGUGAAUGUUUUUGCUUCAGCUAUUGAGCCAAAGCUCGCCAACACUUUGGAAGUGAAUGCUGCAGUGAUUGUGGAUCCUUCAGUUAAGCAAGUAAUUGCUAGUGCAUGUGAUGAAAGUUGCUGUUGGAAUACUCCCACUAACAAAACCAGCAUUCGACCUUGCUCCUUGAAACAGCCAGAAGCUUGUAUUUCCCAUCCUGAGUCCAAUAUAGUAGUAACCCAUGACAGUUUUCUUCCAAAUGGUUCCACCACUAAACUCAAACAAUUAUGUACUGGUGUUUCUUGUUUAUACCUUUGGCAGUGGUGUCCUCAACGAGAGCUCUAAGAGAGAGAGAGAGAGAGAGACGGGUUGGCACAAAGUAAAAGUUCAAUCAUGCCAUUACACUGUCC